UAAUACCAAUUAUUAAAGUAACUGAUUGAAAAAUGGAUCACGUUGAGGACUGCGCCAUUUGUUUGGACGAAUUAAUCAAUCCCGUCAUAACAGAUUGUCUGCAUACAUUUUGUAUUAAAUGUUGUGAAGGCUUUCUAGAAAGCGUAAUGAAUAAUAGUUCCGAAACAAUGGACGUAUCCUUUAAAUGUCCAUUGUGUCGUAAUAAAAUAAAGGAGUUAUACACCCUUCCUGAGUCUAUGAACAACAAGGAAGUUAUUAUUCAUUUUGAUAGAGCAAGUAAGGGGAGUAAGAAAUUGUACCCAAAUAACGAGAAAAACGUAUAUGUCAGUUUUAAAAACAAAAUGUAAAUAUUCAUUUAAAAAGAAUAUGU